CGUGCGUCGUGUAUAGUCGAUAAAACAAAGUUGUGGUGCUCUGUGUCGCCGCUGUCGGUCGUGGUGGGAAUCGCAUCAACGCCGCGGGAAAGAGCCGCGCCCCCAACCACUUCGUCUUCAGGAUCUUGAUUGUGCCUGUCGCACCGCCAGGAUUUACGGCUGCUGUGUGCGCUGAGAAGCCUCUGCGAGGCGAAGAAACGGAACAAUGGUGUUUGCCGUGGCCGUGUCGUUCUCUGAGGGUAACAGCGGUGCCGACGGCUCGCGGCGACGCGGAGGAAUUCGACGUGUCAGAGAGCCUGCGGUGCGGCACCAGCUGGUGGAGCCCCUGGACUACGAGCAGUUCGUGUCCAAGAACAAGACCAUCCUGCACAAUGACCCUCAACGGGAGAUGCUGUUCUUUCCCCCGGACGACAUCUCGCAAGCCGUCAUUCCCCGUGCCAUCCGUACCACAGUGCCAACCAUACCUGCCAAUGUGCGCCUGCACUGCCUGCCAUUGUUUGUUCGCCAGUGUAUCAAGACAUACACUGCUGACUGGCACAAGGUCGUGUACAAGUCGAGUGUCUAUUCCGGAACGUACAAAGAGCUACUCAGUCGAAUACCACGCCCUACAGACCUGCAGGACCAGGUGUACGAGGUUGACACAGAGACCGAGGUUAAAGACUCGGAGAGCAAUCUCAAGGGCGACUCCGAGGUCAUCAAGGAAGGCUACAUACUCAAAGGGCCAGAAUCGGGCACGGACAGCUUUAUUAGCUUGGCAACAAAGUCGUUCAAGAGGAGAUACAUGACGUUAACGCGAGGAGUGGAUGGCAGCCACUCGAUAGAAUUCUACAAGGACGACAAAAAGACAGAGUCGAAAGGCACUAUCUGCAUGGACUUCUGUAGCAAGGUAGUCAGGAAUUCCAAACGAAGCAAGUUAAGCUUCGAGCUGCGCAUGCAAGACGGCCACAAGUCGUGCGUGCUGGCGGCCGAGAGCGAGGUUGAGAUGGAUGGCUGGAUGGCCAUGCUGGUGGCCAUCACUACCAACUACCGCAACGCCCAGGAGUCCAACAGGAAGGCUGCGGCCGCUGUCGUCUCAUCACCCGAAGAAAGUGUGGUAACGUCGCCAUCAUCACCGUACGGCUAUGGAACAUUGAAAAGCUUGGAGCACAGCAAGAAUCCAGACUUGGUGAAGUAUGCCAAGGAGACUGACUACUCCAUAUCCCAAGCACGCAAACAGAAUAGGCAAAACCUGUUCUCUAUUUAUCCAGACCUACAGAGGUCAAGCAGCUGCAUGCACAUCUCGAACUACGAGCGACGCGUGGAGCCUUUCAAAGAAGAAUUCAACACGCGCAUGUUUGUGAAGUGCGAAGAGGUCAAGUUCAACCUGCAGGCGCCUCUGGACUGCCAGAAUGGAUCCCUCUGCCAGGUUGAGCCCUACUUUACCACCAUGGCCGUGUACGAUGUACGCCACAUGCGCAAGGUGACUGAAGAUUUCCGCUUCGACUGCAACAACUCAUACAUGCGCAACAUGCUGCCAAAGACAACGCGAAGGAAAAGCACCAGCGGCUCGGCUCCCAACGGCUCCGCUGGCACAAAACUCAGCGACACAUUGCUGCCUGGAAUGAGUGAGCUGGGAGAGGAAUGGCUUGCAUUUCCACAGCAGGCAAUCUUCAUGGUUCAGCGUCCGGACUCCGAACUGUUCCUGGUGGUGAGGGUGGAGAAGGUUCUGCAAGGAAGCAUAGCACAGGCUUCGGAGCCUUACCUGCGGCAUGGUAGCGAUGGCCGGCAGGGGACCAAGGCCCAGAAGAUGUUCCGGCUUUGCUGCCAGCGGCUCGACCACUUCCGCAUGCCCUUCGCCUGGGCCGCCAAGCCUCUGUUCAGUCGGCAUUCCAGUGAGUUGGACAAGUUCAUGGAGUUUGGGCAGAUCUACCGGCAAGACAGUGCUAAACUCUCCGAAGAAGACACGCUGAAGUUCCUUUGUGACCUCAAAAGGCCAGAAAAAGUGAAACAUUUCACAGUGAUUCCAGGACACAUCAAGGUUUCACUGAGGCUUUUGAGACAUGACGAGACUGUCGACAACUCCUUGACGACAUCUCUCGUUCCUGUGGUGCCAUUCCCGAUGCCCCCCAAGCCCCGGGAAGGCCCAACCCUCGAAGUGCAGCAGUUCCCUACGGACAUAGCGGCCGACAGUCACCCAUUUUUUUCAUACCUCAACCACCUGUACGUCUACCCUAAGAGUCUUAAAUAUGACAGCCAGAAGGCGUUUGCCAAGGCAAGGAACAUAUCAUGCUGUGUGGAGCUGCGAGACAGAGACGACGAAGGAACAAAGGCACUCAAGUGCAUCUACGGCCGGCCAGGGGAGCCCCUUUUUGUUUCACAAUCGUACACGGCGGUGACCCAUCAUUGUGUUACGCCGGACUUUUAUGAGGAGGUGAAGGUUGUGCUUCCAUUGGAGCUGCACGAGCAGCACCACCUUCUCUUCACCUUUUACCACGUGAGCUGUGACAUUGCCAAGGGCGCCAAACGUAAGGAAGGCCCCAUCGAAAGCAUUGUCGGCUACUCCUGGCUACCUCUGCUCAACAAGGGAAGGCUCAAUAUUGAGGAAGACAUGCUUCCUGUGGCUGCCAAUUUGCCUCCUGGGUACCUUUCAUACAAGCCUUUGGGCCUUGGCAAAGGAUUUUGUGGACCGGAUGUCAGGCUCGUGGAAGGUGGCCGGGAGCUCUUCAAAGUUGGGUUCAGACUCGUUUCCACUGUGCACACGAGGGACCAGCACCUCCACAACUUCUUUGUGCAUUGUCAAAAACAAUUGGAGACGAAAGUUUUAGGGCCCGAUACUGAGACUAGUACGCUACUCAAGGAACAGGCACUCCCUUCAAUGGGCACUGAAGCUGAGCGGGAAAUCUCAAAGGUUGUCAAGGCACUUCAUGCCGUGGAGGGCAGUGCCAUGAUCCACUUCCUGCCAACCACGCUGAACCAACUUUGGAAGCUUCUCGUGAGCACGGGAAGCGAGGAAGUUGCACUGAACACAGUUCGCGUGCUCAUCCACUUGGUGACCUGCGUGCACGAAGCUGGUAGGGAAGACAUUCUGCACAGCUACGUCCAGUUCAUGUUUGUAACUGAGCCGCCUCAAGGCUCGCAGCAGACGACCGUGCACGAGGAGUUGACGAAGGCCCUCUCGUCGCUGCUGGGUCCAGAUAAUGCAGACUUCCUGGUGGUGCACAAGUUCUUGCACCAGUCGUGGUUCUUCUUCCAGAUCCUCGCUAAGUCCAUGGCUCAGCAUCUCAUGAACACUGAUCGGAUUAAGAUGCAGCGUCAUGAGCGCUUCUCCAAGGAGUACCACAACCGCGUGCGUACGCUGGUACAGUGUCUGAUACCGCACAUCAUGCAAAAGCACAGAGACCAGCGUAACGAGACGAGGAUGGCCAAUCAGGGGCUGGCGCAUUUUCUUAAGAAAUGCUUUUCUCUGAUGGAUCGUGGCUUCGUGUUCAAGCUGAUUAACUUGUACUUGGAGAAGUUCAAAUCCGGAGAUGAAAUGGAACUUCAUUGCUACAAGUUUGACUUUCUGGAAAUCAUCUGCUCGCAUGAGCAUUUCAUUGCACUUAAUCUACCUUCCUUGAAAGGUGCUUACAGCCGAGGACACUCAAAGAAUUCUAAAGACGAAAGCGAGGAGGUUGCAACGGGCGACUACGAGAUGGAGUAUCGGCUGUCGGAAGAGUUCUGUCGCAGCCACUUUUUGGUGGGUGCCCUUCUGCUGGAGCUGCGGGCAGCACUCAGCGAGGUUCAGAAGGUUCGGCAGAGAGCCAUCAGUGUCGUGUGCAACCUGCUCGCCAAGCACGCAUUUGACGACCGUUACCAGGGGAAGGCCCAGCAAGCUCGGCUCGCGUCUCUCUACUUGCCCCUCAUUUCUGUGCUUCUGGCCAACAUCAACCGUUUCAGCAGCAGCACCGAACAGCAGCAGCAGCAGCAGCAGACACCGUCUGCUGCCGCUGGUGCAACAAACACAGUGGCAUCCAGCACCUCUCCGUCACGCAAGAUGAGCAAGGCUGACAGUCUCAACCAUGCGGCUUCACUUGCCGAGGAACCGGGAACUCCGCAGAGCGUGGUGUCUUAUCGCAAUAGCGUAGCUGUUGACGGGCCGGCUUCUUUGCCAGGCUCUGGACGCCACAACCGAGAUUCCAACUACUUGUCUAUCAUUGCUGGCCAAGCCCCGCUUCCACAUAUGGGGGUUACGUUUGCCACCAACGGCUCCUGUACGUCACUGGAAAGCGAGUCCUCCACACCGUCAAGUUCGUCCGCCAAGGAAAUCGACGCACCAGUUCGUAACGGAGACGUUGGGUCAGCUCAGUGUUUCACACGAGACGGGAGCCUCGUGAGCAAAGGUCAUGCUAGGUCACAGUCUUUGCCAUUUGCCAGCCCCACGGGCAUUGUUAGGUACGACAAGUUCGAGCCCUCCGAGAUCAAGGACCUCUUGGUCUGUUUUCUCUACCUCAUCAAGCAAUUGAACGAAGACCUACUGAUUGGCUGGUGGCAGCAAUGCAGAGACUGUGAUUUACUUGACUUCUUUCACCUACUGGAGCUAUGUUUGCAUCAGUUCAGAUACAUGGGCAAGAAGCACAUCCUCAAAGGGCGGAAUCAGCAGUCCUCAAGUGCACAGGCCAAGGCCAUGACCUUGCCUGCCAGGACGGCUCCACCCACGUUCACGCAACGAUGCAACAGCACAUACAGCGAGAACGCAGCCAUGGAGAAUGGCAGUGAGGUCGACGGGGACAGCUUCUACCGGGCGCUACUCGAGGCCAACAUGGCCACCGAAGUCGGACUCAUCGCCCUGGAUGUCCUGGGACUCUACUGCAGCCGCUUCAAGGAAUCGCUGCUGUUCAACGACGGGGACAACCCAACAAUGCGACGCCUCUUCGACAUCUACCUCUCGUUCCUCGAAGUGGGCCAGUCUGAGAACCUGCUGCGACACCUUUUUGCUGCACUGCGUGCCUUCAUCAACAAGUUUCCUGUUGCCCUCUUCCAAGGCGAUGCCUUUCUUUGUGGAAAACUCUGCUUUGAGCUUCUCCGAUGUUGCAACUCAAAGUUAUCAACCGUUCGCAAUGAAGCCUGUGCCCUGCUGUACCUGCUGAUGCGAAGCAACUUUGAGUUCACCCGGAGGCAGGGACUCACAAGGGUGCACUUACAGUUGAUAGUUUCUGUUUCAAGAUUACUGGGUGAAGUGAUUGGCCUGAACACGGCCAGGUUUCAGGAGAGCCUGUCUAUCAUCAACAAUUAUGCGUCUGGUGACAAAGCCAUGCAGAGAACAGUAUUCCCUAGCGAAGUCAAGGAACUAACCAAGAAAAUACGUACGGUACUCAUGGCAACCACGCAAAUGCGCGAGCAUGAGAACGAUCCCGAGAUGCUGGUGGACUUGCAGCACAGCCUAGCCAACAGCUAUUCGGCCACACCAGCUCUGCGCAAGACCUGGCUCGAAAGCAUGGCUGCCUACCACAUCAAAAACAGCAGCUACACCGAGGCUGCACAAUGCUACAUUCAUGUCGCUGCUUUGGAGGCCGAGUACUUGAGGCACAAAGAGGUAUUCCCCGGAGGCUGCAUGGCCUUCAAGAACACGUCGCCCAACGUGGUGCGCGACGAGUCGCACAUUCGAGAAGACGCAGCCGCCGCUGCUGGGCAGCAGCAGCAGGACUUCCAGCAGACGGAGGAGUCACUGGUCGAACGGCUGGAGCAGUGCGUCGAGAUGCUACAGCUGGCCGAGCGCUACGAGGCUAUGGCCGACAUCUAUAGGCUCCUGGUGCCCAUCUACGAGCGCCGGCGCAACUACGCUGCCCUGGCGCGCUGCUACAAGACGCUUCACCAGGGCUACAACAAGAUCCUCGAGGUCAACUCUACGGGGAAGCGCCUCUUGGGCACUUACUACCGAGUCGUCUUUUUUGGGCAGGCUUACUUUGGGGAUGAAUCUGAGAAGGAGUACAUAUACAAAGAGCCCAAGGUGACAUCACUCCCUGAAAUCUCCGAGCGACUGCAUCGCAUGUUUUGUGAGAAAUUUGGCAAGGAAUCUGUCAAGAUGAUCAUGGACUCAAAUCAGGUGAACCCAAGUGACCUGGACCCCAAGUACGCAUACAUUCAGGUGACGCAUGUGGUGCCUUACUUCAGCGAAAUGGAGCUGUUGCAGCGUCAGACGGAGUUUGAGCGGCACAACAACAUAUCGGAGUUCAUGUACGAGACGCCCUUCACUCUGGAUGGCUCCAAGGCAAGGGGGGCCCCAGACGAGCAGUGCAAGCGACGCACGAUCCUCACCACCAUCUACUGCUUCCCGUACGUAAAGAAACGGAUACCAGUGACGAGCCGCAGGACAAAGGACCUCAAUCCGAUUGAGGUGGCCAUUGACGAGAUGCAGACACGUGUCGCCGAGUUGGAUGAGGUGGUCCAUCGCAAGAUACCUGACCUCAAGAAGCUUCAACUCAAGCUGCAGGGCAGCAUUGGUGUCCAGGUGAAUGCUGGCCCUCUUGCCUAUGCAAACGCCUUCUUGGAUGAGAGCAAAUCGCACUUAUACCCGGAGGAGGAGGUCAAUGAACUAAGAGAGAAGUUUAGGCAAUUCCUCAACAUUUGCCAGCAGGCGUUGGACCUGAAUGGCAAGCUAAUCCCACCUGAACAAUGCGAAUACCACAGUGCCCUUAAGAAAAACCUAGUUGACAUGGCCAGCCAGCUCUCUGAAAUAAUGAAAGAGAAGUUGGUCACUGAUCAUCGCUCGUCGGUUGCUAUGAAGAGGAUGUCGCUGGAAGUAUUCAACUUUAUCAGCGGCUCACCGGGCUCCAGCAAUGUCUAGACACAUUUUAGCGUCACUUAAUUUCAUUUAUUUUAUUUUUUUCCUGAUCAAACCCUCUUCAUUGCCACCUCUUAGAAUUUUAAUGACUCAUCCCACAUUAAUGUCCACACUACAUUCUCAUUUUGUCACUGUGAAAACGCUAAGCUUCUUUCUUUCGUUGUGUGCGCGAGUUCCCAGUUCUUCACAGAUGUUGCAAAAAUGUGGAGUAAGGUACGGACUUUUUUGCAGCACCACCUUUAUUCUGCUACUUCUGUAUAAAGAUUAUGUAAAUAAUAGAAGCAUAGCUGUUUUUUUCCCUUAUAAUCUAACUUCAGGUUGUUGUUGCUUAUGUAGUAGGCACUGCAUGAUGGACAGAGCUGUUGUGCUUAUGACAACGUGAAGACUAGGUCAACAAAGUGCCUUUUUUUUUAAUAAAGUACGUAUGUGUAGAGAACAGCGGCACUAUAGCGGCAACUUGCAAAAAACUUUUUUUCUUUUUUAAAUCUUAGUCAAUGUGAAAUGCAUGAGCAGGUUUUUGAAAUGCCAUUGUUGGCAUCGGUUGUACAGGCAAAUAAUAGGAACAAUCUGUAAAUAAUACCAACAUACUUGAGUGGUGCUGGUACGAAAGAGUUUCGACCACGUUGUGUCAGACGAAGGGAACUUCGUCUUGUUUAUUUGUUGUUCACCUGGUGUCUCGUGCAAAAUGUGCUCGUACCUGCCAUUGUUGCGAUGAUGAUGAAGAAAAAAAAAGCUUGUGUCGCAUAGGCCGCACACUUAGCAUACUUUAUCGAGCAGUGCCAAAUGCAUUAUUGGCACAGUUCACCUGUUUAAUGUUUGUAGAUGUUACGUGCCGUAGUUAACAGUGUGAAGUAAUGUAGAAUACGUCUUGACUGUUGCGGCUGAUGGCUUCUUCACUGUGCUUGCAUUACAUCUUGCAACUCUUGCGUAAUAGCCCGAGAAGUCUCUUUUCUGUUUGCAAAGACACUUUUCCUUCCGGUAAUCUUAUCACUUCCGCAUGGUUACCUAAUCCAACUUUGUACAUUAUCCGCUUAGUUGUUGAAAAGAUCGUAUUAUGCAGCGUUUUCUUUUACAGACCUGGUCGAUACAUGUUGCGAUGAUUGUUUUUUCUCUAAUGGCCGAGGCGAUGUAGAUGUGUCGUGUAGCAUAUCUUGUUAUGUUGCACCUUUAUCUCCAAGACUUAUCCUUCGUUAGUUGUUUCGUAGUCAGAGUUUUUUAUCGCUGCAGCUUCAGUAUGGACAAUUGCUUCAAUUUUUUUUCACUAGUCAAUUGAGAGCAAGAUGACCUAUAUGUAUGCAGAUUUGUGUGUACAGUUCGUAUUCUACGUAUUUCUGUUACGAAAACCUGAAUGUGUGUGAUGCAAAGGAACGAAUAUGAAAAGGCUGGUAAGCUAGGUCACAGCUUAAGAUGCAAUGCUUUGCCAUUGGCUGGGCUUUUUCAGUGCUCAUUAACCCUACAUUAUUUAUACAAUGUUCAUCCCUGAUGCUUGUUUUGUGCAAAAUCUAUGUACAUAUUCAGAAUGCCUAAACUGUCAGAGCCAGUAUUGCACACUAUCACCUUUGUACAUAUCAACACACCAUCUUUUACUUCUACAAAGUUUAUAUUUUGUUGUGGUACUAAAUGCGAAAUGGAUUUUUUGAAGAACUGCUACCACCGAAAAUUUCUAUCCAUUGUGUGAAAAUAUUAAAAAAAAAAACUCGCGUUUGUUGCUUUGGCGACAGGCAUGAAAGAAAUUUUUGUUUGCCUAAUUGGUCCACUCUUCUUUCUUAUACAGCCCUUUUCUAAUAUGCAGGGAAAAUAAAUGUGUUUCCAAUCUCUCUGCUUGACCUUAAAAACGAAAUACUUUAGCAUUAUAACGUUUCGUAGCAAUGUAGUGAAAAUGUCCUUUAUUUGCCUUUAUGUUUGUACGAGGCAGUUGCAAGUUCUUUACUUUUGAAAACGUGCUAGUACACGAAGUGCAUUCCUUGGAAAUAUUCAUCAUUGUGGUAUUAGGCAGUGCGUUGUUUUAUUUUAGAUCACUAGCUGGUGCUAAGUUUGAUGUUGCUGUAAUUACAUGUACAAUUCUGUAGAUAUAUUUCAGUUCUCACGUUUAAAAAUGCUCAUUGGUGUGAUGUGCAGCGUUUGUUUCCGCGCAAUGCUUGCCAUUUGUGGGGUAGUGGGAGCUGGUGGGUUAACAAGCAAAUUGUGAUGCUGACUGCCAACGUGUGUCGUGUAUGGCUCGUGUUGUGCAGUAACUUAUGUAUAUGUUUGUGUACUGCCCCACUAUCUCUUUUAGCCAAGUCAUUGUACAGAUCCAUUAAAGCAAAUUGAAGUUUUAAGAUUUCA